AAUAUGGCUUCAAUCGCUUGAUUGAAAAACCAAACUAAACAGCACGUGCGAGGAGUGCCAAACUUUUUGGGAAAAUGUACGUGAAUUCGUAAGAUUUUCCGACAAAUUCUUCCACAAUUUCACACCUGAGUGUCUUGUGUAUCCAACCAUUGAGCAAAAUUGGAGCCGCAGUGGUGUUUUGUGGGUGAAAUAUGGGAAAUUCUGAGCCGUGUCCAUCAAUCCUGGAAGCUGCAUCGUCGAAGAAAAUGUCAUUUUCACGCUGUUUUAUGCCAAAUUCCUGGCUUUUUGCUCACAAAAUCAACCUGCAGGAGACACCACCACUUGGUUUCUGUGGGUGGAUGGGCUGGAAAAGCAAGGAGAAUGGUGUAAAUGGAGUGUGUCAGGGAUGAUAGCAAAAGAGAUGAAUCCACAUAUGAAAGAUCGAGUGUUCUGGAAGCUGAUAGCCUAAUUGAUACAAACUGGGAUGAAGUUGUGGACAAUUUUGAUGAUAUGAACUUGCGCGAGGAGCUCCUCCGUGGAAUCUACAGCUAUGGCUUCGAGAAACCUUCUGCAAUUCAGCAACGGGCUAUUUUACCUUGUAUCAAAGGACACGAUGUUAUUGCCCAGGCACAAUCUGGAACGGGAAAGACGGCUACAUUUUCCAUUGCUAUCCUUCAGCAGAUUAAUACGCAAAACCGUGAAUGUCAAGCUCUGAUCCUUGCACCUACGCGCGAAUUGGCCUCUCAAAUUCAGAAGGUUGUAAUUGCCCUGGGUGAUUAUAUGCAGGCCCAAUGUCAUGCUUGCAUUGGAGGGACAAAUGUACGUGAUGACAUGAGAAAGUUGGAUAGUGGAUCGCAUGUAGUUGUAGGAACACCUGGGAGAGUAUUUGAUAUGAUAUCGCGUCAGGUGUUGCGCACAAAAUCGAUAAAACUAUUUGUCCUGGAUGAGGCUGAUGAGAUGCUAUCGCGUGGAUUUAAGGAUCAAAUUCAGGAUGUAUUUCGUACAUUGCCGAAUGAUGUUCAGGUGAUUCUAUUGUCAGCCACGAUGCCCAAUGAUGUGUUGGAGGUCAGCAAGUACUUUAUGCGUGAUCCAGUGAGGAUUUUGGUGAAGAAGGAAGAACUUACACUUGAGGGUAUCAAACAGUUUUAUGUUUAUGUGCAGCAUGAAGAAUGGAAAUUGGGUACACUGUGUGAUCUCUACAAUACCCUGUCCAUUACACAAUCUGUCAUAUUUUGCAAUACACGACGCAAAGUGGAUUAUCUGACGGAAGAAAUGACCAAGAAAACAUUCACGGUGUCAGCGAUGCACGGUGAUAUGGAUCAGCGUGAACGUGAGCUGAUUAUGAAGCAGUUUCGGACUGGAUCAUCGCGUGUUCUCAUCACCACGGAUCUCCUGUCCAGAGGAAUUGACGUGCAGCAGGUGUCGUUAGUUAUCAAUUAUGAUUUACCAUCCAAUCGUGAAAAUUACAUUCAUCGAAUUGGACGUAGUGGCCGUUUUGGACGUAAAGGUGUUGCAAUUAAUUUUAUUGUUGAGGAGGACAAGCGAACUCUUCGCGACAUCGAACAAUUCUACAAUACAACCAUUGAAGAGAUGCCAUCAAAUGUGGCGGAUUUAAUUUAAGUUUAAUCAUUGACACCUCCUAUAAUUUUAUUUGUUUUCCUUGAUUUCGGCAGCAAAUCUGCCUUCAAGAUUUUCUUCUAAGUGAUUAAAAAAAAGUUUCAGGAAUAUUUUUGCAGCUUGAAGAAGGAGCAAACAAAAAGGAAUAAAAUUCAAAAAUUAAUAUCUUUCAUUAAGAAUAUUAAAAAAAAAAUUAAAAAAAUAAGAGAAAGGUCUAAUUAUAAAUUAUUUGAGAUUGAUUUGUAGGAGAUGCAGCAAAAAGUAUUUUUAGGAUCUCUUAAGAAGAAAAUUUUGUCAGCAGAAUUGUAACCUUUGUCACAACUUUUUUUUUGUUUUAUCAAGAAUGAACAAGAGGAGAUCUAUGAAACACCUUCUAAGAGCAUCAGGUAAAUACAGAAAAAGUAAUUAAAUUAAUAAUGAAGUGCUUAUUUUUUGGUAGAAUUUUCUUUGCCAGAUAGCAGCUAAUAAGAUUUAAAAAAAAAGAAAAUGAUUUCUCAUGAAAUAUUCGUGUUGUGCAGGAGAAGAGUUUUGUUUUUUUCUUUGUAUAAUUUUUAUUUUUUAGGAAAGUGGAGAGAAAAUUGUAUGAAAUUUUGAUUGUUUUUGUAAAUUGAUUUUAAAAAUUGAUUGUGAAUUUUACAACAAAAAAAAAACUGAGCUGAAAGGAGAAAUAAUUUUAUCUUGCACUCAAAAUAAAAUCCCAAGAAUUAUAAAUUAAAAAAAAAGAAUAAUAUGGAAGAAAAAUAUAAAAUAAACUCACUGGAAAUUUCUUUUUUGUAUUCCAUAAAGAAAUGUAAGCGAAAUUGAUGUAGAUUCUUAUUAUAAAGAAAAAGAAAGAAUAUCUUUUAAAAAACUAAUCUUGAGGGCAUUAAAACAUUUUGAAAUUUCAUGUGAAA